AUGGGGCGAAAAAAGGCCGUUGCUGAAGACUUUCUUGCCGAUAUCCCCAAUAUCGUCACAGUUCAAUCUUCUCUUUCCCAAUCUCAACCCAAACCAAAGCCAAAGAGGCCGAAGAAAGCCCAAGCCAAGGCAACGGCUUUCGACAUUAAGAAUGAGUUGACCCGCAAGACCAAGGAGGCUGCUGGUUUGCUCAAGACCAUCAAUAAAGCCAAGGCCAAGAUGAAGACAUUGAUAGAUCAGGCUAAGGCAGCCAAACAGGCCCAAGACAAGGCCGAUGAAAGGACGGGGGCUGCUGAGGCCGUCGCUAAGGUCCUCAAGGCCGAGAAGAAAGAUGUCGAGGCCAAAAUGAUCGAAGGCCAAGCCGAACUCCGAGAUGCCUUGGCCACCAAAGCCGUCGAGAUCAAAGUGGCGGACGAGAAGGCCUACGUCGAGGGGGCAACUGACGUCCGGGAGGACUACAAAAAACAAGAGUUGGCUGUCCCCGAUGACUCUCCUUUGAGGGACGUAGGCCGACUUGUGCUGCCAUUCCCACCUGCUUCAAGCCAGUCUAAGGCUAAGGCUGGAGAAGAAGAAAAAGAAGAGGAAAAAGGAGAGGAAGCCGAAGAUAAGGAGGCCCAGGUGGCUGUUGCUGAAGAUCCUGCUGGGGCCAA